AAAAUUCGAAAAUGUCAAAUUAAUAUAUGACAUUGCCACUUAUAUUGAUAACGAUUUUUUAUUGUCUCCUAUAGAGUCGAAUUUAUACAGUAAUGGCAUUACCUUGGCAUAUCCCUUUGGAAUCGCUUCCAAAAUUGAAAAAAGGCGGUGUUAAGGAAUCCCUGUUAAAACAUUAUUGCUCAAUUAAUGUACAUGAAAAUCCUUGUGAAGAGCUUAAAACGGGUCUUAUGUGCGAUAUCGGUUAUAGCAAUAAAGAGUCUAGUACAAUUCAAAAACUAAUAGCUGCAGGAAUGACCGUGGCUCAUCUUAAUAUUAGGGAACUAGAACCUGAAGCAUGUGGACAGAUAAUACAAAGUAUUAGACAAGCUGUUUAUAAUUACAGCACAGAACUGCAGUACGUUCAUCCUUUAGCACUUAUAAUCGAUGUCAGGGGACCGGAUAUAGUCUCGGGGGACUUAAAAGGAGGACCUCAUACAACAGUUGAGAUUAUACAAAAUGAAACGAUUCGACUAACGACGGAUGCAACAUGGCGUGAAUGCGGCACUGCGGAUUGUUUGUAUAUUGGAUAUGACCAUCUAACUGAUUUACAGGUUAAUGAUAUAGUUUUUAUUGACAGUUUAACUGCUAAUAAAAUUAAAUUGAUUGUAUCUGAAGUUGGUGAUGAUUCUAUAGAAUGUUCGGUAGUUACUGGUGGAACGAUUGGACCCAAAAUGGCAGUACAAAUUUCUCAAGUUCCACGGGAAAUCCCUAAUUUAAAUAAAAAGGAAAGUUUAGAAUCCAUAUCCCAUAGUGACAUAUCUCAGCAGAACUUCGAACAACUAGAAGAACAAAUAAAAUGGGCAGUUUCUUCUGAUAUAGAUGCAGUUUUACUGCCAAAUACUCAGAGCGGCAAUGAUAUUCGGCAUAUCCGAAACAUUUUAUCUAAUAAAGGAAAUCAUAUUUUGGUUUUCGCUUCUAUUGACACCGUCCAAGGAUUAGAUAAUAUUGAUGAUAUUCUAACCGAAGCUGACGGAAUAUAUUUGGAUAGAAGUAUUCUAAGCACCGAUCUGCCCGUUGAAAAAAUUUUUAUAGCUCAGAAAAUAAUCAUGGCUAAAUGUAAUAAUCUUGUUUUAGAUGGUGCAGAUGUUAUUGCUCUUGAGUUACAUUACGAUUCGCCAUUAAGGAAAUUUGCACCAGCUUAUGAUGCUGUACGUAUGGCUGAGCAUUGUUUAGCAGCUGCAGCUGUUAUAUGUCGACACGCAGAGAGGAUUAUAUGGAAACCACACAUAUAUGGAAAUUUUGAACUCAUGCAAAGUCCUUUAGAAGAACCAACUAAAGCAAUUUGCGUUGGAGCUGUUGAGCUUGCUUUACGAUCACAAGCAGUUAUAAUUAUUUGCUUAACAAACUCCGGUAGAACAGCUAGAAUUUUAUCCCACGUUAAACCACCUUGUCCCAUUAUUGCUGUUACCAGGACUUGUCAUACGUCGAGACAACUGCGUUUUUUUAAAGGCAUAAGGACAAUACAUUAUUUUGAAGAAGCAAAAGCUGCAUGGGAUUCUGAAGUUGAAAAUCGGGUGAGAGCAGCUCUAGACUAUUGUAAAAUUAAACGUUUGGUAGAGGCUGGUGAUGCUUACGUCGUUGUUGCUGGUUCACGUCGUAAUGUGGGGUACUGCGAUUCGGUACGAUUAUUAUAUGCAAGCGUCCGCAAUAGAAUUAGUGUACCAUAGAUUUAAUAAUUUGUAUGACGUUUUGAUGCAAUUUUUACCUCUUAUCUUGUUAUGUUUCUUCUUUGAAUUAAAGAAACUUCAGCUAG